UUUGCUGAUAUCAACUGGUCGAUAAAUACGUUUCCUGGCUUUUUUCAUGGCUGGGUGGCAACCUCUGCAGUUUGCACCUUUCAAGAGUGUUGUUGAUGCUGGUUUCUGGCACGAGGUAACUAGAAGAAAGCUUGAAGUAUAUCAGCUAGAGGAAACAGCUCAAGCGCUGAAAGCCACAUACACAAACGGUGAUACAGUUGGUUUGCCUCCUCGUCUUUCUCUGGAGUUCGAUGCAUUCGACGACCCACAGAUCUUCGGCGUAGAUGACGAAGAGGACGACGCAAACGUUGUAGUGGUAUGUGCAAAUAGCUACAAUUUGGAACAAGAAGCCAAAAACACACCAGAAAUGGACCUGGAGAUCGAAGGCUCAUGCAGUGAACGAGAUCCAAUAACAACAGAUCAAAUCUCGCAAUGAAUGUCUAUAAUUGAAUAGAGAUGUAUGAAACUAAUACUAACACAGUAAUAGGCCAUUAUUCACUCUACUCAACUUUGAUUUGCUUAAGUUCUACAAUUAUAGUGCUCUUUGCCUGUUUAGCGCACUUACUGAAACGCCCCCAAAUGAAAUGCAACGUUCUACGCUU